CAUGUGAUUGACUUCUGGAGGAUGCGAAAUAAUCGAAAUAUAUUUUUUAUAACUUACGAAGAAAUGAAGCGAGAUCUGAAAGAUGUCAUUGAGAGAUUGUGCAAGUUUCUGGGUAUAAAUGAAUUGAAUGAAUGUGAAAUGAAUCAACUAUUGGAAUAUUUAUCAUUUGAUAACAUGAAGAAUAAAGAGUCCAUCAAUCCCACAUGGUUAAUAAAACAAACAUUGGGCAACGUUCCUGAAGGAUUUCAAUUUAUGCGUCGCGGAGUUGUUGGUGCAUACAAGGAAGAGCUUAACACUAAUCAGAGGGUGAAAAUCGAUCAUUGGAGUAAUACACAUUUAAAACCAUAUGGAAUACGUGAGGCAGACAUUUUUGGUGCUAUAUAGAAAAUUUAAGAGUAGUUACUAAAAUGAAAUGUAAAACAUAAUCAAAGAUUGACA